CUCCUGUUCAUGGAAACCUGCUUGCGAAUCAAUUCUCACUAAAUACCCCGCACGGAGGAGCUGGACAUGGACACCGUCUCGCCAUGUUGAAUAGAGGUGUUCACCGUCGGAGGCGCACAUUACUGCAGGAGGCUAUGGAUAGCAUCACAUCAUGUUUUCGAUUCGUAUUCGGCUUUGGAUCAUCUCCGAGUUCGCAAUUGGGAAGUACUAGGACUACACUCCCUGCUCGAGCGCCGCAUGCCGACAGUCGUCGCCUGUCGGUUGAUCAAGAUGUAUCCCGCCUUACCACGGGUCGAAGGCAACGGACGGGUACGUCGCCCUCUACAAAGGGAUAUUUGAACGCUCAUACCGAUUCCCGAGGGGAUAGUUAUCCAGCGACAAUUUCAUCUGCAUCUAUUCUGGGAAAAGGGAUAUCUAAUCAGAAGGGGAGGAUAUUGCGUAGCCGUCGCUUCGACCGCAUCUAUGAUAUGCCGAGAGAUGCCGCUGUGUUAGGAACAGGUCUUUCGGGAUCCGUUAGAGUAGCAAAACGGAAGUCGGAUGGUCAGAGGGUAGCCGUGAAAGUGUUGAGUACUCGCGGUUUACCUGCCGAUAAAAUUGACGAAAUCGUGACAGAAGUGAAGAUUUAUUUGCGGCUAGAUCAUCCAAAUAUCUGUCGGCUGCUCGAGGUUUACGAUGAAAGUGCGGUCAAUGGUAACGUUUUCUUGGUCAUGGAGCUAUGCACUGGUCGAGAACUAUACGAUAGACUGGCGAUGCGCAAGCGCUUCUCAGAACGUGAUGCUAGCGAUGUGGUCCGACAAAUGGUACUGGCAGUGAACUACUGUCAUAACCAGAAUAUCUGUCAUCGUGACUUGAAACUCGAGAAUUUUGUUUACGCUGAUAUGAGCGAAAAAUCGCGUUUGAAGUUGAUCGACUUUGGCCUAUCUAGGAUAUUCUCUAGAGGUGUUCCCAUGACGGCGAUCACAGGAACUGUAUACUAUGUUGCACCGGAAGUGAUGACCGGCAAGUAUGAUUACUCUUGUGAUAUGUGGUCCAUAGGGGUCAUGACAUACAUGUUGCUAGCUGGGGUCCCUCCAUUCGAUGGUGACACGGACAAAGAGAUUCUAAGAAAGGUCUCAAAAGGAACGUAUUCAUUUUCUGGCCCAUCCUGGGACUUCAUAUCCAGCCCUGCACGGGAUUUUAUUUCAAAGCUCCUGCAGAAGGAUCCUGCUGAUCGCCUUUCAGCCGGAAGAGCUAUCAACCAUCCUUGGCUUUUGCGAUACGGGAAUGAGGAUGGAACCUGGACAGUUUCGGGUACUCUAGAUCCAAGUUUAACAUGCCCUGCUGUGGUAAAGUCCAUGCGUGACUUCGCCCAAUCUAAUGUCUUGAAGCGAGCGGCCAUCGGACUCAUGGCUUACUCGACAACGUACAACACUGAUCUGGAAGCCAUUGCUAAGGAGUUCCAGGCGCUCGACAUACGUGGGACGGGCACUGUUUCUGCCCAAGAUUUAAUGGCGGUACUUCGGCAUCACUUGAACGUGGAUCAGAGCGAAGCUAGAUUUAUAUUCCAGAGGAUCGAUGCUGGACAAGGUGGCGAGAUUCACUAUUCCGAGUUUUUGGCCGCGGCAAUGUCUGCGCGUAUGAUGACUCACGAGAAGCAAAUCAGGGAGAUGUUUGCGAAAAUGGAUACUGACGGCACUGGGAAGAUUACUGCUGAUAAUCUACGCGAAGUGCUAGGUGAAUCAUACGACGGUACUCCUGUGGAAGAGAUAAUUGCUGAGUGCGACAAAAAUGGAGACGGGUUCCUCGAUUGGCACGAGUUCGAAGCCGUGCUGCUUGACCGCGUGGCGCAUAAUGAUCAGACAGUCAAAGUUGCUGGACCUUCUGGUGAAGAUUCGUCAUCCGUGGAUGAAGGAUAUGAUCCUCUUUGGGAGAAGAUCACCGGCCAGAAGUCAUCGUCACCUGACACGUCUCGGAAAUCCACCGGUGAGACUAGAAAUGGUAGUGAAGGAGCUGAUCAUGUAAGGAUGGAAAAAAAGAACACACGACGCUCACGUUUCAAUUGGGAGCAACUGGCUCAACUUGGUCGCAAGCUUGUGCCCGAUCGUAGUGCUAACGAAGCUUCAGCGAAGAGAGGAAUGUACCCUGUAUCGUGAAGUAACCUGGCAUAUCAGGCAGUGUCUGCUUCACGGAUCAGAUCGACAUGUCCAUUAGAGCUCUGAGAAUGGAAGAUAUAUCUCUGUAUAUCAUGACUCUUGUCACUGCUAGUGAGUGCUAGCUCGAUAGCAGCGAGUGCUGCACCUCGUAGUUAUUUGCUGAGGCCCAAAUUUACUUUUUUUAUUUCGAUAAUCA